GUCAGUACAAGGAUGUUGAUUAUUCGCUGUACAACUUCAUAUUUGUAGAAAAUCAAAAUCCGAAGUUUAUAUUAUUUUUGUCGGUCCCGUCGUGCAUGAAGAUCUCGUGUUUAUUAUUUGCGUGAACCUACUGGGAGAUCAUUGGUGGAUGAUGGGGCCUUUUUCCGUGGUGCGGCGCCGAAGGGCGGCUGCCUUGUGCUGCAGCAGUACGGUCCUCGCAGGCUUAGCAUACGGGUACUCUUCAACCAAGUUUCUUCUGGAGCAGAAGUCGUCAAAAGGCGCCCGAAUAUCAAAUGUAAAAAUGUCUGGGUCUGGAAGAUUGUCAGGUUUGUCAUGCACAUUUUGCAUGACUCCUGAUGUCUGUGAUGCAUGCCUUAGCAUCACAGAUUUUGUGAGGGCUUCCUGAUGCCUAUACCGCAUGACAAAUGCUCUUUCCGUGUAGCAAAACUUGGACUCUCUUUGCUGCUCAUGCAAUACAGAUUUUUUUAGAAUCCAAAAUCAGCAUGACAAGUUGGAUUCUUCCAGACCCAGACACUUUUACAGUUGAUGCCGAACGUCCUCACGGGUGAUGACCGGAACAAGUAAGGUAUUGAGAGGAAAGAUCCCCCCUCCCCAUAUCGAAAAGGUAUGUUUCCAAAAAUUUGUGUUGCGGAUUUGAGGUCACAAAUCACCUCUGUCUUGCGAGAAGGCAAACCCAAAGAAUGCGCCGCCUUAUGGAGGCGAUUUGUAAUGCUGUUUCACCUACAUGGCAGGCCUCUCUCAUGCCAAGCGCCUACAAGAAAACACCCCUACGCACGCUGAGGCUGUGCCUGUAGUGCCUCGCUGCAAGACAGGGCUGAUUUGUGUACACAAAUCCAGCAACAGAAGUUUCCGCUUCAAUAUGGGGAGGGGGGAUUUUUCAUUUUGAUAUAAGGCGGUGCGCAUUCGAAACAGGAACAAGGCAACAGCGGAGAAGCAGAGCCAAAGUCCUAUCCGACCGGAAGGCAUUUUGUCAAAACUGCAAGAGCCGGGCGUGUACUGCAAGAGCCAGACUGCCUUCGGACGGCGCGGCAUGUGUAGUACCCCCGACGAGACGAACCAGGACACGGAUCUCGCCGACGCCGCGGCCACGGUCAGUCUUGCGCAGUGCGAGGAGGACUGCAUCGCGCGCGACUGCGACGCGUUCUCGCUGUACCUGGCCGCCUACUAUGAAGACGGGCAGGUGAAAGACUCGACCGAGGAGUGCUGUACCCUCUACACGAACUGCGAGUGGGACACCGCCACCAACCCCGCCACCGAUUGGGCGUUUGGCUACCAGUUCUACAUGAUGCUGGGAUCUCGGUUGCGCGACCCCGCCGUAGAGCUCAACGCGACUGCUUCGUCUACGCAGGAUAACUACAUCGCGACCUAUCAGACCGAAAAACGAUGUUGAUGCCUCAUAGGUACCUAUAUCAAACUCGUUGUGAUGCGUCGUUGGAGGUGUUGUACACAAUCUCAUCUUGCAACAAGGCAAGCAGAAAUUGGCUUCAGUAUGUCUCAUUCGGUAGGCGAUUUCUCCUGCCAGUGGUCGCCGUCGUGGUGUUUAGAGACGUUUGAAAUGCUUCUCCAAAACAGCUAGUUGUACCCUACGACAGACUCCUCAAGUCGAGGGCACUGCUUUUUUCGGAAUGCCUGAUCAAAAGACAAAAUGAUUCGCAUCUUGAAGAUAUGCUGUCUCUGCGUUCUUUGACUAUGUAUGUCAUACAUAGUCAAAGAACGCAGAGACAGCAUAUCUUUUAUCAGAUAAAAGAUAUGAGGGCUCCUUGUUGCACUCUGAUAAGACCAUGCCGCUGACGAUGGCUCCGGUUACAGACGUUGCUGAGCCUGCCAAUACCUGCAUGCAGACCGGGGAGAAUGGCGUGGAGUUUUGGACGCUGUCGAUGGCGGGCGGGCCCAGGAUGGUCAAGAGGCUCAAGCUCUUAUCGAAGAAAAAAGCUGUGUAGAUGUGACUUUGCGUUGCAGACGAUGCGAGACGGUUAAGUACACUUGUCAGGCUGGAUAUGCUACUUUAUAGGCAAGUUUCAUGAUACGCGUUUUCUUCACACACUACCUGCGCAUGCUGUGCUGCCAGACAGGUUUGCCAUGCUGUUUUUCUUGUUCCCAAAAGAGUUACACUAACACAAUUUUUUCUUGCUGGAUAGCCCUUCAACCGCAAAAUAGAUCCGGGUGCUGGGGUAGAGGACAUCCUGUCCACUUCGACGGACUUUUACGUUAUCAAGGGAACGACCCCGGCCGGUGCACCCAUCGAAGAAAAAAUCGAGCACGGGAGCAUCUCCGAAUCGGGAACGGAAAUUGUCCUCAAACCCGCGCGACAAGCAACCGGCUUCAAGCUCCAGAGUGCGGUGGAUAAUAUCGCAGGAAAAAAUCAGUGUCUCAGAAGUACUGAGUUCCACUUUGUAUUGCGAAGCUUUCUGUUUGAUUCAAAUUUUUCGCAUGCUGGACACGCAACAAAGUUAGCUUGUUUCUAAAGCAUCUUCUCACUCUGUUUGCUUAUGACGGAUGGGUCACAGAAGACUCCGGCUGGCUACACUCGUCGGGAAUUUGUGUACCUGAAAGAAUAUGCAAAAGUCGGGGACGAGAGCAGCUUUUCUUUUUCCUGGGAUAGAUCACAAGAAGCUCGUACUGUGCGGGAUUUUUGUGGACGUGGUGAACGUGGAUGAUGUGGCAAAGGAGGCACAGGACACAGUCCAAAAAGUUUCCAAUGCUAUCGUGAACUCGCCGGUGGAGGAUUUGGAGGGGACGGUGGAUGAGAUGAUGCGGUCUUUUAUCGCCUAGAAGCAGAUGAUUGUGCAUAUCAUCAUGUCGUUCCCGGUGCAUAUAAUAUUACCGAAUGGUACGGAUGAUGACCCGAUUGGUAUCUUUUCGAAGAGCUUGCUUUCACUAUGCUCCUCAUGUUGGCAUGCAAGCCGGGGCGGCUGACUACAUGUGUUAUUCUAUGCAUCACGAAUAUAAUGAUAUGCUCCUUCUUUUCCGCGCGAUACCUGUGCAAGACAAGACCGCGGACCUGCUUGGCCGAUAGAGAGUUGUUGGGGGCGCUCGUUGUAUUUUUCGUUCUCCGUGCGAAAGAUUCAAACCGAAAAACGAGCAGCCAGGGUUUACUUCGUCACAACCUGCACAACAUGCUUCUAUGAGAUGGACAAUAAGAUUAUCGUAAGAACUAGAUCUUCUAGGACCGAGCUCAUGAGGGCAGGUCGCAAGCCCCCGGCCUCAAUUGGCUUGGGAUUUAGCAAUUUUUGGUGUACGUCCACCUCCAUUUUUCGCAAGAUUUCAAGAAUCAGGCGAUACCAGAGGGAAGGCCAUUCCUCAUCGUGCCAUAAAUACAAGUAUUUUACAGAAUUUUGGCUCCUCAAAGGAUAUUUUUUUUCAAGUUUGUUUCACCGUAAUGCUAAUGCAGGGGGUUGAAGCAGGGGGAGCAGGAACAGGAUGACGGAGAAGGGAAAGAUCUGCGCUUCAUAGCUGGGAUCAUAUCAAGAGAAAUGAGCAGAGUUGGAAAAUGAACGAUGUAUCAGGAAAUUAUUGUCUGCGUUGUCGAAUCCGAGCCGCUUGGCGCUUUUUACAGCGGUCAUCUGUUCUGUCAGUCAAGAUGAAUUGAAAUGCAACAAUAUCGUUCGAUUCGGAUUGCUUGCGCAGGCCAUGUGGAAGAGAACAACUUCAAUUGCAAUCCUUAUCCCUCAAUCAUAUCUUGUGGUGGGUGUGCAGGCCACCUCCUGAUUUCAAUGCGUGCGGUAUCGAUAUGUUGCGCAGCGCAGUGGAUCUCGAUAUUGCAUGGAACAAAAUUAUGCACGACGGCAGUCACGUGAUCAGAGUUUGCUGGUAUAAUGGAAGGGACCAAUACUAUCUGUGAGUUGUUGCAAUUCAAAAUAUCAUGGGUUCCUUGGACACGGUCAUAGAACAGAUUUAGAUCAUUGAUGGGUGUGUGGAAACAGAG